AUGGCGAGACCCCAAGAUACGGUUUUGGCCCGAUUCUAUGGCCUCCCUAAGGUGCACAAAGACUGCGCUCCUCUCCGACCCAUCGUGUCGCUCAAAGGGACUCCAACGUACGGACUGGCGAAGUGGCUGUUCCGGCGUCUCAAGUUCCUGACCGCUGAGUCAGACACCACGGUCUCUUCGUCAGCACAAUUCCUGGAGAAACUCAAAGGGGUAAGCAUCCAUCCAAAUGAGGUCAUGGUAUCUUUUGAUGUUACAUCCCUUUUUACUUCUAUUCCCCAGGACCUGGCGAUCGAGACAAUUGAACUGCUACUACAAAGCAAAUACGAUGAAACGGAGAACCGUCUUGGACACGCCUAAAUCCUUCAGCUCCUGAAGCUCUGUCUCAGGACGUACUUCACGUUCGACGGGACAAUCUACGAACAGGUGAAGGGCACACCAAUGGGUUCGCCGAUUUCGGGAUUCAUCGCCGAGGCGGUCCUGCAACGGUUAGAGUCGCUGGUCUUCCAACACCACAGACCGAAAUUCUGGGCCCGGUAUGUGGAUGAUACCUUCGUCGUCAACGAACGGAAUCAGGUGUUGACAUUCCAAGAACAUCUCAACGCCGUCUUCCCGGACAUUCAAUUUACGAUGGAGGAGGAAGAGAACAACCAGCUGGCCUUCCUGGAUCUCCUCGUAUGCCGCAAGGAUUGUGGUGGACUAAAGACCAAAGUGUUCAGGAAAGCGACAAAUACGAUGCAAGUACUGAACUUCAACAGUAACCACCCAAUCAGCCACAAACGCAGUUGUGUAAGGACGCUCUAUCGGCGUGUCGAAACGCACUGCAGUGAACCGGAAGACAAAAUUGCUGAACUACAAUACCUCCGACGGGUCUUCAAAGCCAAUGGCUACCCGCGCAACUUCGUCGACCGGUGCAUACGCAAAAGGGACGAAAGGCCUAACCGCACGGACACCAAGUCUUGGCGGGCACUUCCGUAUGUCAAGAACGUUUCGGAAGCUGUCGGCCGCCUUCUCGCACCACUUGGGGUUGGAGCGGCACACAGACCAGAGGCAACCAUCAGGCGUCUGAUCAUGAAACCGAAAGACCCACUGCCACGGCUAAAAACGUCUGGAGUCGUUGAUCGGAUCUGGUGCAGUUGCGGACAAAGCAACUACGUCGGAGAAACCGGAAGACAGCUCCGAACGAGAAUGGCCGAACACGCGGCAGCGGUGCGCAGAAAUGACGCCAGCUCUCAAGUUGCGGCUCAUUCGAAGAGACCCGGCCACACAUUUAAAUUCGAUGAGGCCGAAAUUCUCGCAAGAGUUGACAACCGAGUGAGCCGGGAGCUAUUGGAAUCAUGGUUUACUGGCCCCCAGUCCAUCAACAUGUGCAAUGAUCUUCCCAUUCAUUACAGCGUGCUGAGACUUCCUCUAGGCGGAGUAAUUGGCCACGCGGGGAGCGCACUGGUAAACACUCUUCCCAACACCCGGGUCAACGCAUCAGAUGGUCGAGCAAUCAUCACGCCAACAUCCAACGCACGUGAUGAAAUUGCGGCAAUUAUCGACUCGAAUGUCGGCCAUCAAGCAAUGAUCACCCCAAGUGUGACAAUCCCGGAUGAAGGGGGAAGCCGUGAACGUUCAUAG